GGGCGUGGUCUCGGCCGCGCGCCCCGCGGCCUCUGCGGCGCCGUUGGCCGUUGGCGCGGCUUCGGCGGUUGUCUUGGAGAAGCAAGAUGGCGGCGACGGCGGCCGCGGUGGCGGCGGAGGAGGACACGGAGCUGCGGGACCUGCUGGUGCAGACGCUGGAGGGCAGCGGGGUCCUGAACCGCAUCAAGGCUGAACUCCGAGCGGCCGUGUUCUUGGCGCUGGAGGAGCAAGAAAAAGUAGAGAACAAAACUCCUUUAGUCAACGAGAGCCUGAAGAAGUUUUUAAAUACGAAAGAUGGCCGGCUGGUGGCCAGUCUGGUGGCCGAGUUUCUCCAGUUCUUUCAUCUUGACUUCACCUUGGCCGUUUUCCAACCGGAAGCUAGCACAUUUCAAGGUCUGGAAGGUCGAGAGAAUUUAGCCCGGGACUUGGGCAUUAUUGAAGCGGAAGGCACUGUGGGCGGACCCUUGCUGUUGGAAGUGAUCCGGCGCUGUCAGCAGAAGGAGAGAGGGCCCGCCCGUGGGGAAGGUGCACCGGAUCUGGCUGAUGCGCAUUCUCCACCACCCUCGCCAGAAGGAAAGCUGAGCGCGCACACGGGCCCCAGUAAGAUACCAAGGUAUAAAGGACAAGGUAAGAAGAAGACAAGCGGGCGGAAGUCUGGUGCCAAGAAAGCCGGCAGUGGUGCUAGUCAGAGUGAUGCGAGCAUCUCCUCGUCAGAACCAAAGAGCAGAAGCAGUCUUCACUUACUGGCCCCGGACACAAAACUUGGACCUUUCUUAAGCAACAAGAGUCUAGAUGUCAAAGACAAAGCUGGCCUUUGUCCACACGAAGAUGACCUGGACGGAGAUUCUUUCUUUGACGAUCCCAUUCCUAAACCCGAAAAAACUUACGGUUGGAGAAGUGACCCUGGGAAGCCAGGAGGGAGCCUCACCUCGCUCGCCGACGCCCCAUCCUUGAAGAGUGGUCUCGGCUCCCUGCCGGGAGCCCCCUCCUUGAAAGACUCGGAAGGUAAAAGGGGAAACGCAGCUUUGAAAGAUCUGAAGGUGGUGAAUGAUAAAAUCGGAUCCCUUGGAUUAGGGGCUGGAGAAGACGAUGACUAUGUGGAUGACUUCAAUAGCACCAGCCAUCGCUCGGAGAGAAGCGAGCUGAGCAUCGGCGAGGAGAUCGAGGAGGACCUGUCCGCGGAGCUGGACGACGCCAACACCAGCGACAAGCUUGAGGACCUGACGCAGGACCUGACCGUGUCGCAGCUCAGCGACGUCGCCGACUACCUGGAAGACGUGGCCUUCACCUGAGGAAGGAGCGUCGCCACCGCCAGGACAGACGGAGACUCCACCCUCCGUUUUCCAGGCAGUCGUGGCCGGAGGUCUGCUCUGCUGGUGCCUUGUGUUCAGAACGACGGCAGAUAUUUUUAAAGAUUAACUUUUCAUUAACUAAACAGCCUUCCACUGGAGCCCACGCGUGGGAGAUUCCGUCUUAAUCUGGUUACCUGUCCGUUUCCCUCAGAAAGGAAUUCCGCUCGGAUGCCUGGCGAGGAGGCACCGUGAGACAGCAGUAUUGAGAGCGAAGCUGCAGGCCCCCGGCUCGCGGGCAGCGUGGCCUUGAUCUUCUAGGUCCCGCGUGGGCGGGGCGGGCGGGGCUGCGGUCGUGGCAGAAGGAAGGGCCGCCGGAGCCCAGGGUGAGACGCUUCCGUCCGUCCGGGAGGGGAUGUGACUGCUCUGGGUGCUGCCAGCUCUGCUCCUCCUAAAGAGCUGGGGGGAGGGGGGAGGGUUGUUGGUGCGGUUGUCACGGCGGUGGCGUGUCCCUGCUGUGUCCACGCGAGAAGCUAUCCUCGCAGGCCCUCUGAGAGCCCAGUUAUCACCUGUGACCCCAUCUUGAGACGUUCAGUUCCGAGGUGCGUCUGAGGCCCGCAGCGGUGCUUCCGUCCGGACCUGUGCUUGACGUUGGGUCCAGGUGGGGGAGAGGGGUGACGGUCUCAGACGUGUCCGGGGGCAGCUUCCUGCUGCAGUUCUUCCACUGUCACCGCAGAGCAAGCCCCCCCCCCCCCCCGGGGCGGCGCUGUGUUUACAGGGUCCCCGGUGCCCGUGGUACUACUGCACAGCGGGGUGACGCGUGCUGUGCUAGUUACAAGUGAAGCUGUGAUUGCGUGGUCAGUUUUGUACUUUUUUAUUUCAAUUAAAUUAUGGCUUUUAUUGAAAGUCACCUUUCCUAGUGAGAGGA